GAUUUAAAAAAUUAUUUUACUAUUUUAGUUUUUGCUCUUAUGUCCAUAAACUCUACAAAUAUUUAUAAGAACCAAAUAUCUAUAUAUUUGCAAACAAAAAUAUACAGUCAAUUAAAAACGUAUCCACAUAAAAGGAGAUUUUUGUUUGUAUUGUUUUUAUACAACUUGGGAGCUUGAAGCACUUGGUUGGAUGAAGGCGGUUUGCUAGCCACUCCAUAACCUUCACAGUUCACUCUUCAUAUUUUGAAAUAAAUUAAAUUAUAAAGUUUUAGUUUUAUUUUUAGCUUGUUUUUUUCUCUUGUUGUUUAUUUUAUAGUCGCUUUAACAAGUUACUGUCUUGAUAAGAUAAACCCGUCUGUUAUUCAACUAGUAGCACUGUCUGUAGUAGUACUUAAAUACUUUACAGAAUAUACACAUACAAAGAUACAACUCACAUUUAUUUUAAAGCAUUUACAUUACAGAUAUGGCAUUUACCGGAAAAGUAAUUCUAAUAACCGGUGCUAGUUCGGGUAUUGGGGCUGCUACCGCGAAACAAUUUGCCAGCCUCGGUGCCACUUUGGCACUUGCUGGAAGAAAUGUGGAUAACUUAAAACAAGUGGCCUCAGAUUGUUCAACAAAGUCCAUUCCAUUGCUGUUACAAGGGGAACUAACGAAUGAAAAGGAUACAAAGGCAAUUUUGGACAAAACUAUCGAGCAUUUUGGGAGAUUGGAUGUAUUGGUGAACAAUGCUGGUAUCCUAGAAACAGGAAGCAUUGAAAACACAACUCUCGAACAAUAUGACCGCCUAAUGAACACCAACGUCAGAUCUGUUUACCAUCUCAGCAUGUUGGCUGUUCCUCACUUGGUAAAAACGAAAGGAAACAUAGUCAACGUGAGCAGCGUCAACGGAAUGCGGGCCUUCCCCAACGUUCUAGCUUACUGUAUGUCCAAAGCAGCUGUGGAUCAGUUCACUCGAUGUGUUGCCCUGGAGCUAGCAGACAAACAGGUCAGAGUUAACAGUGUGAACCCAGGUGUGACACUCACCAAUCUUCAGAAAAGAGGUGGUAUGAACGAUGAGCAAUAUGAAGCGUUCCUACAAAGGACGAAAGACACUCACGCCCUUGGUAGGCCAGGAAAUCCAGACGAGGUUGCCAAGGCCAUCACUUACUUAGCCAGUGAGGAUGCUAGUUUUAUAACUGGAGCUAGCCUGCCAGUAGAUGGCGGUAGACACGCCAUGUGCCCAAGAUAAUUACUGUUUGUUUGUAAAUAUGUGUAUUUGUUAUGAUUUUGGGAUAUUGUUUAUAAAAUUUCAAUAAAAUGUAAUUAAUGUUUUAAUAA